UCUAAGUUUCAGUUGGAGUCCUGAUCUGUCCUUACACUGACACCUCUGGAUUUAAAUCAAAGCAAUGUUACGACUGCUUUUUGUCGGGGUUGUGGCUUUUAUAGGUUUAUCUAAUGGAAGAGGUGUGUUACCAGAUGGUCCUCUGAAAGCCUCGGUUGGAGGGACAAUAACGUUCACAACAAACUUGAAUCCACCAGAAACACCAUUUUCAAUUGUCAACUGGCAGUUUGAUCCUGGUUCAACAACUCAACUCAUAAUUAUAUCACUGACUACUGGAAACACAACUGCACCAGAAUAUGAAGGCAGGAUCACUCUCUUCAGAUCUAAUGGAUCUCUGGAACUCAGGAAUCUGGACCUCAGUGACAGUGGAGAGUACAGAGUUACCAUUCAAGACGGAAUUAAUCAAAAGAUAGGAGACACUACACUGAAUGUUUAUGAACCAGUCUCCAAUGUCAGAGUCUCCCCACUAAGUGCAGACCUGAUUGAGUUCAACAGCUCUGUCAGUCUGUUCUGCUCCUCCUCUGGAUCUUCUCUUUCCUUCCUCUGGAUGAAAGAUAACUCUCAGGUCACAGCCAGCGACAGGGUCCAGAUCACUACAAAUGAAGAAAACUCCAAACUGACUAUAGUCAAUGUGACCCGAAAUGACCAGGGAUCUUACACCUGCCAUGUGUCCAAUCCUGUCAGUUCUGACAUCAGUGAUCCAGUAAAAAUCUCUGUUAGUUAUGGUCCGGAUAAUGUACAAAUAGAAGUGUAUCCAUCACAGGAACAUCAUGAAAUUGGGUCAGGUAUUAAUCUGACCUGCUCUGCUGACUCAUCACCUUCUGCUGAAUAUCAGUGGUUUCUGAAUGGAGACAAGUUGACCAGUAGCGGUCCAUUGCUCAGACUGAUGAAUAUCCAGAUGAGUCAGAGUGGAAACUACAGCUGUCAGGCCUUUAACAGCAAAACUCUGAGAUAUCAAACAUCUCAACCUUCACCAAUCUCUGUACAUGAACCAGUCUCCAAUGUCAGAGUCUCCCCACUAAGUGCAGACUUGAUUGAGUUCAACAGCUCUGUCAGUCUGUUCUGCUCCUCCUCUGGAUCUUCUCUUUCCUUCCUCUGGAUGAAAGAUAACUCUCAGGUCACAGCCAGCGACAGGGUCCAGAUCACUACAAAUGAAGAAAACUCCAAUCUGACUAUAGUCAAUGUGACCCGAAAUGACCAGGGAUCUUACACCUGCCAUGUGUCCAAUCCUGUCAGUUCUGACAUCAGUGAUCUAGUAAAAAUCUCUGUUAGUUAUGGUCCGGAUAAUGUACAAAUAGAAGUGUAUCCAUCACAGGAACAUCAUGAAAUUGGGUCAGGUAUUAAUCUGACCUGCUCUGCUGACUCAUCACCUUCUGCUGAAUAUCAGUGGUUUCUGAAUGGAGACAAGCUGUCCAGUAGCGGUCCAUUGCUGAGACUGAUGAAUAUCCAGAUGAGUCAGAGUGGAAACUACAGCUGUCAGGCCUUUAACAGCAAAACUCUGAGAUAUCAAACAUCUGAACCUUCACCAAUCUCUGUACAUGAGCGAGUCUCUAAUGUAAAGGUUACUCAGGACCUUACCCACUUGAUCGAGUUCAGUGGGUCUGUCAGCUUCUCCUGCUCCUCCAAUGGAUCUUCUCUCUCCUUCCUCUGGAUGAACAGCAGCUCUCAGAUCACAACCAGUGACAGAGUUCAGAUCACUGAUGCAGGAGCCAAGCUGACUAUAAUCAAUGUGACCAGAUAUGAUGAAGGACCAUACAGCUGUAAUGUGUCCAAUCCUGUCAGCAGUGCCAAGAGUGAUCCUGUAAACAUCUCUGUCAGCUAUGGUCCAGAGAAAGUCAACUUAGAAACAGCUUCUCAGAAAUAUCCAGAAGGGUCGAACAUCCAUUUGUCUUGUUCAGCUGACUCCAGACCUAAUGCCACUUUUGAAUGGUUCUUUAAUGGAAGCUUGUCUGGUUCUGGAUCUGAGCUCAAACUCAUCAAUGUUCAGAAGAAUCAGAGUGGAAACUACAACUGUCGGGCCUUUAACAAUAUAACCUCAAGAUAUCAAUCAUCUCAACUUUUACCUAUCUCUAUAGAAGGAAGCAGCACAUUGUCUCCUGGAGCCAUUGCAGGAAUAGUAAUUGCAUGUUUAGUUGGCGCUUCUUUAAUUGUCCUUGGAGUGUACUUCAUACUUAAAAAAAAGUAA